UUUAAUGUUAUAAAUUCUCAAAAAUAUAGCAUUAUAAUUAAAUAUAUAUUAUUUUUUUCAUUUUAUGAUUAUUAUAUAUAUUUAUUAAAAUAAAUUUAAAUUAUAUGAUAAAAAUUAAUUUCACCACGGCACUCAUCUUUUGUUUCCUUACUAAAUAUGCCACCGAAAGUCGAUAAGAAAUCAAAAGAUACAAAAUCUAAACCACUUCCAGCAAAAAAAAAGGCUGCUUCAGGAGGAAAAGCUAAGAAAAAAAAAUGGUCUAAAGGAAAGGUUAGAGACAAAUUAAAUAAUUUAGUUCUUUUUGACAAACCUACUUAUGACAAAUUUUUAAAAGAGAUUCCAUCAAAUAAAUUAAUAACACCAUCAUUAGUAUCUGAGAGAUUAAAAGUUAGAGGAUCUUUAGCAAGACAAGCCUUACUAGAAUUAGCAAAUAAAGGGCUUAUUAAACCUGUUGUUAAGCAUCAUGCACAAAUUAUAUACACACGCAUAGAAAAGUCCACAGAAGAAGCUCCAUUAUAAAUAUUUUUGUAAAUUAAAAUUAUUUAAUACAUUUGUAUUGUAAUGGAUAGGCAAAUAAAUUCUAAUUAAACAAAUAUAUGGUAGUGCCAAUCAUUACUAUUAUAUUGUAUUAUUUCUAUCCUAUUUAAAAUAAUAUUUUAAUAUUUGUAUUAAUUUUCUAUUUGCUGAAAUAAGUUGGAAUAUAAUUAAUGUUGAUAAAAUUACUCUGGUAAUGACUAUUUUCACUUAUAUAAGUAACAAGUUAUAUUAAC